AUGGCGACAGCAACCGGUCGAGACGUCGGGAACGGCAGCGCAAGGUCUCGCAAGCGCGCCUCUGACGAUGGCGACAGCUUCCCCAAGCGACCCAGGCUCGAGGCCAAGACGGAUCUCACGAGAUGGAGAGUCAAGGAUGACGACAGCCGCCACACGUGGCACUAUCUCGCCGACGACAAGGCGGCCGCAGAGUGGCCUCAGAGCUAUGCAGAGAAGUGGUAUCUGAACCUGCCAUUGGACCUGCCUGCCCUUCCGAAAGCCGAAACACCGCUUCAGGCUGCUGAGAAUGGCCUCACCUUCUUCGAAAAGCUUCAAUUGCCCUCGGGCCACUGGGGCUGCGAGUACGGCGGCCCCAUGUUCCUCCUCGGCGGCAUCGUCAUUACCUGGUACGUCACCAAGACGCCGAUUCCCGACGCCUACGCGACCGAGAUCAAGAACUACAUCACUGCACGAGCCCACCCCGAGGAUGGCGGCUGGGGGCUUCACAUCGAAGGCGAGAGCACUGUGUUCGGCACCGCCAUGAACUACAUCGUUCUUCGCCUAAUUGGAGUGGACGCCGAAGACCCUGUGAUGGUCAAGGCGAGGGCGACUCUGCACAAGAUGGGCGGCGCAGUCAAUGCGCCUCACUGGGCCAAAUUUUGGCUCGCAGUGCUGGGCGUCGUGGACUGGGACAUUGUAAACCCUGUGCCCCCCGAGAUCUGGCUGCUGCCCGACUGGGUGCCGAUUGCUCCCUGGCGGUGGUGGAUUCAUAUUCGACAAGUGUUUCUGCCCAUGGGAUACAUCUACUCGAAAAGAUGGAGCUGCGAGGAGACGGACAUUACUCGGGAGCUGAAGCAAGAGCUGUUCGUCCAGCCUCACGCCGAGAUCAACUGGGCAAGCCACCGAAACAGGAUCUCGCCCAUCGACAACUACCACCCCAAGUCAUGGCUGCUCAACUCAGUCAACUGGGUCCUGGUGAAUGUGUACAAUCCGUAUCUCCGCUUCAACUUUAUCAAAGAGAGAGGCGAGAAAUGGGUCAGCGAGCUCGUCGACAUGGAAGAUGCCAACACCGAGUAUGCAUGCCUGGCGCCGGUUAAUGCUCCGAUGAACACGCUUGUGUGCUAUAUCCGAGAUGGCCCCGACGCAUUCACCACGCAGAGGCACAUUGAGAGACUGGACGAGUAUCUAUGGGUGAAGGAUGAAGGAAUGCUGUGCAAUGGCACAAACGGCGUCCAGUGCUGGGACACUGCCUUUGCUAUCCUUGCGGCUGUCGAGUCUGGGCUGCACGUCCAAGAACGCUGGAAGCCCAUGCUGGUCAAGGCCCUGGAGUAUUUGGACAGGCAGCAAAUCAGGGAGAACUGCAAGGACCAGGAGAAGUGCUAUCGACAGCCCCGAAAGGGCGGCUGGCCGUUUAGCAACCGGGAUCAGGGCUACGGCGUGAGCGACUGCAUCUCGGAGGCGCUCAAGGCCGUCAUCCUGCUGCAGAAGACGGAAGGCUACCCGCAGCUGUUGGAGGACCGGCGCAUCUUUGAUGCCGUGGACACACUGCUGCUCUACCAGAACGACAACGGGGGCGUCUCGUCGUACGAGGCUCGAAGGGGUGGCGAAUACCUCGAGAUGCUGAAUGCCGCCGAGGUGUUUGGCAGGAUCAUGAUUGAGUACGACUAUCCAGAGUGCACAACAGCGUGCGUUACGGCAUUAUCACUCUUCCACAAGCAUUGGCCCGACUACCGAACCAAGGACGUGGAGCUGUUCAUCAAGCGUGCCACCAACUGGAUCAAGACGAACCAGAGGCCCGACGGCAGCUGGUACGGAAGCUGGGGCAUAUGCUUCACAUAUGCUGGCAUGUUUGCGCUGCAAAGCAUGGCGGCCAUUGGAGAGACGUACGCCAACAGCCAGAUUGCCAGGGCGGGCUGCGAUUUCCUGAUUUCCAAGCAGCGGGAGGAUGGCGGUUGGUCUGAGAGCUACCGGGCUUGCGAAACCAUGACAUAUGUCGAGCACGAGUCGGGAUCCCAGGUGGUGCAAACGGCCUGGGCGCUCAUCGGGCUCAUGGCGGUGGACUAUCCCGACGUGGCCAAGAUCAAGAAGGGCAUCCGGCUGAUUACGAGCCGGCAGCAGGCCAACGGCGAGUGGCUGCAGGAGGCGAUUGAGGGCGUCUUCAACAAGUCGUGCAUGAUUUCGUAUCCCAACUACAAGUUUACCUUUACGAUUAAGGCGCUGGGGAUGUUUGCCAAGAGAUAUCCGGACGAGAGGCUGUAA